GUUCCUCCUUCGUUCCCCUCCCUUCGGUUACACCAGGUUACAUCUUGGUCGCUGUCUCUCGUUAAACUGGAGUUUCCAGGUGUUUUUCCAACUGUCAUAAAUGACACAUUCAUGAAUGAAACAUUUUUCAUUCCGUCUUCUGUUUCUUCUCCUGAAAUAAAUUUCCACCAGAAUGCAAAGGUGAUGUACGACGUCAUUUGGGAACUUGCCAUUGGUGGCAUCGACAGCUCCAUUCAAGGAAAUGGCGGCGAAGAAUGCAUGAAUUAUCUUCCGUCAUGGCAGAGAUUUCUGGAGUCAAUUGUCUUUAUCCCUCUCUCUUUCUGGGCAGCUUAUAUGUCGAUCCCACUUGAUUGCUCAUUUACACUACCAACUCGAAACGUGUCCAGAUAUGUGAUACUCACCGUAUAUAGCCUUAUUUUUGGUGCCGAACUUGCCUAUAAAAUGAUUUCAAGAACUGGAAUCUUCCUUCUUAACCCGUGCCACGUCACUACCACAAUGCAACUAAUGCUGCUUACAAUGGAGGGGACAUCAAAAAAAGCCUGUUUCCUCUUCCGACUGAUGCUCUAUUUCAUGCCGGGAGCUUGGUUCGCGUUGGCGUUUCCAAUUUUGAACACACGAAAUCUGCCUGGAGAAGUGUUUAUCUAUUACGCGCAGCACGUUGCCAUUCUCGUUGUUCCAGUGUAUCUCAUGUACAUACAAGGGGCUUUUGAGCCAGAAAAGCCAUACGAUUUUGGAUGGACUGUUUUCGGGAUCUCACUCUUCUCUCUUUACCAUUUUGUGAUCUUGCAGUUUGGUGCAAUGGUAACCCGCGUCAACUUGAACAACAUAAUGUGCCCUGCCGUAUCUGAUCCAUUCCAAUCACGUGCUUAUCGAAUCAUCGCUGUCGGACAUCAAUGCAUUCUCAUUCCGAUCCUCUCCAAGACAUACUCGGCUAUGUCGCUAGCUGCUGUGGAUUUCUACAAAACAGUGUACGAAAUGAACAGUGCCCCAUCGUCGAGAAAGAUGUGUUCGAUGAGCGAUGAUGACGAUAGUACGAUCUGCUUGAAACCUGCAAAACUGAAACUCUAGUCAUUUAGUUUGAAUAUAAUAAUUUAUUUGUUUUCUGUUUUCUCUCACUUCCUGUAUUCUAUCUAUAUUUCCUAUUCUGUCGCUAUUUUUUUCUGGACCACGAUUUAACUUUCCCCAUUUUUCCUUAAUGUCUGUGAUAUAUAUAUAUAUAUAUAUAUAUUUAUUUCUCUCCGAUAUUAGGCUUCCCUUUUCUCUUGAAUAAAAUAAACAUUUC